AUGGAAGAGAUAGCCCCCGCUUCACACCCAGCCGUUCUAACAGCACUAGUCGCCGCGGCCGAAUUCGUCACGAAUUCUCCAUCAACACGUUUGUCUGAGUCAUUGUACGAUUCGGACAAUGGUUGUACAUCCAAGGUCUGGUACAAUCGCUACGAAGACGUCAUUUCAAAGGACGGUGCUACCUUGGACGAUGCAGUGAAAGCUCGACUAAUCGUACAAACUCGUCGCCGUCAAAUAUGCCCGUUUCACGAACAACUUUCUUCCUAA